GCGCCCGCGUGCUCGCGGAAGUCGCCCAGCAAAGAAGAUAACUUGUGUGUGUUUCAAGUGUGCGUGCCUCUCGGAGUCUCGGAAGACCAGUGAAGCUGAAGAGGAAGAUGGUGAUGGUGUCCACCUAAGUUCCCGACGGCGGGGCCCUUGGCAUUCCAAGAACCUCGUGGCGAGGAGCUCGGCAAUUUCAGACUUCCAGACGCACGCACAAAUAAGAAAUAGCCUGGCGAUUUCCACGAGCACAUCCACGCUUAAAAUGGCAGUACGCUACGAGCUGGCUAUUGGCCUUAACAAGGGCCACAAGACCACGAAGAUCAGGAAUGUGAAGUACACCGGCGACAAGAAGGUGAAGGGUCUGCGUGGAUCUCGCUUGAAGAACAUCCAAACCCGCCACACCAAGUUCAUGCGCGACCUGGUCCGCGAAGUUGUUGGCCACGCUCCUUACGAGAAGCGCACCAUGGAGUUGCUGAAGGUGUCCAAGGAUAAGAGGGCCCUGAAGUUCCUCAAGCGCCGCCUGGGCACCCACAUCCGUGCCAAGAGGAAGCGUGAGGAACUGUCCAACAUCCUCACCCAGCUCCGUAAGGCCCAGACCCACGCCAAGUAAACGGAGAGAAUCUGAUCGCAUCUGAGCAUCGGAAGGGAACCUGGAACGCCGUGUUGUGUUUUUGAUUUGUUUCCGGUGACGUUACUUGAGAGCGGACCUAAACAGCCCAGAAUUAAACAACAAAAAACCUUUAAAAACCCAA